GGGGGGAUUAUUAAACUCGUAAGACGCGCGAUGUUGAGGCGAGAAAGUGUGUUUUGCCGGAGUACGAAUAUUCCCGGAAAGGGACGGUCGGCGGCAGAUCCGCAAGAGCGUCGGUGGUAAACCGUACGAAAUGAAGACGCUGAGAAGACGGAAGCCUUAACGCGGGCGAGAAUCAUUUCGGGUGGACAAUCUGGUCGACGAACGUACUCUCUGAACCGAAUUCCCCCGCCCAGACCUUUCCGUCGACACUCACGAAUGAAUCACGCGGCCCUGGGUCGUGAACCUGAUCGAUGUCAUUUCGACGUGUACACAACUUACGCGCAUAUAUUUGUAGGACGAAUACGAGAAAAGGUGGUGGUAAUUUGAAAUUGGUUAAUAGGAAUAGAAACUGUUUAAACUUUCACUUAUAUUUAUUUUUUGUUGAUAAUUUUUAUUAUACACUUAACACGUAAGGUGUGUUGUAUGCAAAGAGUUACGCCAUCCCACAGGUUUUUUUUUUUUUUAGCUAUGAAAAUCUAUUAACUCUGUCAAUUGAAUUGAAACGUGUAUCCCCCGAAAUCUGUUGUAUUCGAAGCACUGACAUGCGCCCGUAUACGUCAUAUUAAUGUAACAAUACCCACAUCACGACUAGAACACUAACUUCGGGGGCACUAAAAGUAUGUACCCAUCGAAGACCCACGGGGGCUACGCUCCCAUAAUAAUCAUUAAACGACUUUUAUAAUAGUCGACUACGCACUUUAUUUAUAAUUUUGUACCUAUAAAUUUAUCGCAAUUAUUUUAACAUUAUUUUCCAUGUACACGUGCAUUGUCUGUAGGAAACCUGUAUUAUUUCUGCUCAUUAAUUGUGAAAUAUAACAUGAAUAACAUACUAUUUAGAUGUUACUUUAAAAAAGCUGAUUGUGUUUUUUUGGAGAGUGCAAAUUUUAGACCUUUUUUUUUUUUUAUUGCAUCUAUGAAAAAAUACUGUAUACGAAAACAAAAAAUAAAUCUGAUUUCAACAUUAACGUUUUCCGCCAUGCGCAUUAACGAUCUACUAAUUAUUAAUGUUACUCGAAACAAUAUAGUAAAUAAUAUACACUCGAUGGGAUUAUUCACGAUACGGACGAGUCCGCUAUAUAGAACAGCUAAACUUCGGCUCAAUCGUGAACCGAUCAAUAAGUGAAAAGGGGCGUGGAUAGAAUGAACCGUGUGUACACUGAAUUCCAGAAUUCCAGAAUUAUAAAGUUUCCCUACUUAUUACUAUGUAGGUUCAUUUCGAUAUAUAUUAUAUUCACAUGAUGUAAUGUAACGAACUGUUACAUUAAAUUAUAUUUCCUUGCUGGAUAAAAAAAAAAAAAAAACAAAAUUAUUAAUAUUACAACUGGCAUAAAUAAACGUUUAUGUUUAAAGCGAAAUCACAAUAAUUUGAAUAUCAUCGGCCAUCCAGGAAUCCAGCCAGGCCACUGGCUCGGGGAUGACUUCGGCGAAGUCUUCCGAAUCACCGUUGUACCACCGGAAAUGACAUUUCUAAUAUCUAGGCGUUAUCUAAGCAUAGGCGUUGCGUUAAUUGCACACUUGAACUACACUUCUUGUACUCCGGUCUAUCCCUACACUUCCAUUUGUGUGCUCGAGGUCGUAACAUAUUCGGUGUGCCGCGCGAACACGAUCGAGUCUCAUCCGGAUUUUUCUACCGAGUUCCAUGCCUAA